GUUACCACCAAGACAACGCAUGCAAUUAUCAGAGAAAAAACCCACCCCAUUCCAGUUGAGUUCACAGAAGGAAGGUGGGGAUAGUACGAGAAAGCAGCUGCCCAACUACCCACAGUAAUUUGGGGAUGCAAGCAAAAUAACCCUCAGACAAUAGAGCCUCAUCAGUGUGUACCUUGACCAGUGGGAGGGAAAUGCCAGUGACCGAGGAAGAGUCCAUGAACUUCUUCAGAUCUUGAUGAAGGAACUCAAACACCAGAUACAGUUUAUUCUCUGUGUGGAUGACAUCACGCAGCCUGCACAAUACACACAAGGAAUGGACUAAGACCCAUUCGGAAGUAGAGCAGAAGAGGACUCACGGCCACGAUGAGGAGCUUCCUGGUGACGCUGGUAUUGACUGCCUUGUGGUCAGCCGUUGCCGCUGCUGCCACAAGAUCGAGGACACGCUUCACGCGGUACCGCUCCUGGAACUCGCGGAUGUACCCUGUAUGGAAGGAUGGUGACCCCCGUUACAGAGAUUGCUGGACUGGGGGCGAGGUGACUUUUGACGUCAGGAACGAUGCGCCCACUCUGACCGGUGCCAAGGCCACUUUCAAUGUUGACCUCCGCUUCCCUGGGAACCAAACAGUGCUGCCUGAUGGACAGGUGGUGUGGGCGCGGAACUGCACUGUUAAUGGAACGCGAUACCAGCAGGGACAGGCAGUCUACCCAGAGAGCAAUUCCUCCAACGAGUGGAACGGCGCGUUUCCCGAUGGUACCCCAUUCACCGGAGUCUCGGACAAGAAGCCCCACUAUGUGUUUGUGUGGAAGACGUGGGGGCGCUACUGGCAGGUGGCAGGUGGCCCCUCUUCCUCCCUCACCAUCGGCACGGACAACAUUCCCCUGGGCUCCUACACCAUGGAGCUGGUUAUCUAUCACUGCCGCGGCAAAGAGAAAUUUGUUCCCUUAGGCUAUGCCUCCACACAGUUUUCCAUUACAGACCAGAUCCCCUUUGCCAUGACGCUCACCCAGGUCAAUGAUGUCAAUCAGGCUGACCAGAGCUUUGUCCAGAACCGGGCCAUCGCCUUCAGCGUCCGGCUGCAUGACCCCAGCCAGUACCUCAAGGACUCCGACAUCACCUUCAACUGGAACUUCGGGGACAGCAGCGGCACCCUGAUCUCGCGGGACCUGUCCGUCACCCACACCUACGUCACGCCUGGCACCUUCAGCCCCCAGGUGGUCCUGCAGGCGGUGAUCCCCAACGCCGGCUGUGCCACGCCCGCCAUCCCCGCCACCGGGGCUGACCCCACCCCCGCCCCGGUCACCUCUCAGCCCCCUGCCCCAGAGCCUGCGGAGCAAGGCACCACCGACGUCCAGCCUGAUCCGUCAGCUGCUCCUGCUGCCCCGACGGCAAUCCCUGAGAUCACUGUGUCUGCAGCAGCGGCUGCUGGAGACAUCGCCCUGGCUGCCUCAGUUCAGCCAGCAGAAACUGAGGGAGAGGUUGACCCAGCUAUAGAGACUGACCCAGCUGUAGAGACUGACCCAGCAGCAGAGACUGACCCAGCUGUUGAGACUGACCCAGCAGUAGAGACUGACCCAGCUGUAGAGACUGACCCAGCUGUAGAGGCUGACCCAGCUAUAGAGACUGACCCAGCAGUAGAGACUGACCCAGCUGUAGAGACUGACCCAGCAGUAGAGACUGACCCAGCUGUAGAGACUGACCCAGCAGUAGAGACUGACCCAGCUAUAGAGACUGACCCAGCUGUAGAGACUGACCCAGCUGUAGAGACUGACCCAGCAGCAGAGACUGACCCAGCAGUAGAGACUGACCCAGCUGCAGAGACUGACCCAGCAGUAGAGACUGACCCAGCAGUAGAGACUGACCCAGCUGUAGAGACUGACCCAGCUGUAGAGACUGAUCCAGCAGUAGAGACUGACCCAGCUGUAGAGACUGACCCAGCAGUAGAGACUGACCCAGCUGUAGAGGUGCCAACCAUCGACGCUGCAGCCUCAGUGGCUCCGGAAGCAGGAGAUGCCGCCGCCCCUCUGGAUGAAACUGCUGUUGCGGCGACUGUCCUCAUCCCCCCUGCAGCCACGGCCCCUGCAGCUGCUGCUGAGCCCGUGGAGGUGGAAGCUGAGCCCGUGGAGGUGGAAGCUGAGCCCGUGGAGGUGGAAGCUGAGCCCGUGGAGGCUGUGGUCACAGAGGCCGAGGCAGUGAACGAGAACCCAGAAGCAGUUGUGCCGACAGCAGGGGUGGAGCUCGAGCCCGAGGAGGCUGAGCUGCAGACCGACCCGGUUCCCCUGCAGCUGGCCAAACGGCAGGCUCCAGAGAUGCCCGCAGACAGCGGCUGUGCCAUUUACCGCUAUGGGUCCUUCUCCACCGCGCUGAACAUUGUCCAGGGCAUUGAGAGUGUUGAGAUUGUGCAGGUGGCAAACGUGGUGAUGACGGCAGAGGUGGAGCAGAAUGCUGUGGACCUCACUGUCACCUGUCAGGGCAGCAUGCCAAACGAGGUGUGCACCGUCCUGUCGGACGCGGACUGCGCCACACCCCUGCAGACGGUGUGCAACGAGGUCGCGCCCUCUCCAGAGUGCCAGAUGAUACUGCGGCAGUUCUUCAACGAGUCCGGCGUCUUCUGCGUCAACGUGUCCAUGACCAACAGUGUCAGCCUAGCUGUCACCAGCGCCAGGGUUAGCGUGACCAUGGGAUCUGGCUCCUCCACUGGGGGCACUGUGGCGCUGGUGCUGGGGACACUGAUCCUGGCCGCUGUAGUGGGGACAAUAGCUUUGGCCUACAAGCGUUUCAAACAGUAUCGGCCCCUGCGAGAGGAGCAAGCAGGCACCUCUGUGGGCAGCUCUGGAAGGACCUCUGUGCCCAUGCUGCUGUGGAACCUACUGAGCCGCCAGACUCCUGGGGAGAGCAGACCACUGCUGCAAGGCAGGGUGGUGUGAGCUGGACCAGAAAACACACACGCACACACACACACAUCUGCACACACACACGCACAUAUGCACACACACACACA